CAAACAAGCGAAACGUCGCUGGGCGCCCAAGCUACGCGGCUACGCCUACGGGAAUACUUUAGUUGCAUAGUGGGUUGCCGAGACGGCAGUAAUUGACAGGAACCGUCGGUACAAGAAAGGCGACCUGUGUAAAGCAUUAUCUGCGGAACGGCACGCAAUGCCUGUAAGCGUAACGCAACAAACAACUACCGUCUCAUCGUCCGGCGGGAACGAGCGAUUGGCGUUAUGUGCCUUCAACUUCGGCUACCUGAAGACGCCAGACGGUUGGAUCAAAAUAGCCCAAGUGAUCGUGGGACUGAUAGUAAUGUCGCUGUUGAUCAGGACCUAUAAUGUAUCCUGGGUGCUGUUCCUGAUGAUGACGGCUUUUGCUUUUGCUGUCGUCAGCUUCAUUAUUCUACUUUCGGCGAUGGGUUCCUACUCGGGAUCCCUCCUCAUCGGAACUCUUUUUUACCUCAACUACCACAUUGUGGGCUUCAUCUUCUACCUUUCGGGAGGGUUGACAUGUGUUGUCAAUGCGUCACAAUAUGUUGGCUUGGGCAGCAUCAUAGCUGCUGGGGUGCUUGGCCUCAUUGCCUCAGCCCUAUAUGCAGUGGAUGUUGCCCUGACAGUCCGAGCACGUGUUUGAAUCUUCAGUGCCAAGUGUCCGAAUUUACCUCUGAAGCACUGCAGUGCUCAGCUCUGUAUGCCCUUGCCUUUGCACUGAUGUACAACUGGUGUUGCAAAAAGUCUUGACAGGCGCUGUUAAUGUAUUUUUUUUUUCGUGCAUUUUGCAUUUACCAAAGGCAAUGGAAGUUAAGAAAAGGUUGUGAGGGCUGGCUACUGAAUCACUAUUAUGGCACAAUGUGUGUUGCUCAGCUUAACAGCCGUGGGACAGGCAGAGCAGCUUGUGUAUGAAGGAGUGUGUGUCUAUAUGUAUGCGUGCUGCAUGUUUUGUGCUUACAAUGUGGGGGUUUAAUCUGUUGUAAAUCUAAGCAGUUUCACUGAUAAGGUUUUCUUUCACUGAGCUAUAGGUGAAAAAUGGCUAAUAACUUUCUCUCUCUCUUUUUUUUUUCUUUUGUAAGGGUCUUCUUGGAAGAAUCCAAACCCUAGCAUGUUUUAAUGCAUUUAACACUUGUUUCAGGUACUAUUAACAGAAAGUAGUGAUAUGAAAAACUAAAAUCUGGCCCCCUGAAAAGAUUUCAUGGCAGCAGGAAUGGUACUGUUCGCUUGUUCAUUUAGAAUGGGUACCUUCACAUUGCAUGCAUAUACAGCAUAAUACAAGUUUGUUUUGUGAUAAUAGUUUAGAAACAAUCUUUUCCAAAAUUUGAUUCUGUAAAUACUGUUUCACAUGUUCCUUGACGUUGCCUGUUGCAGUGCUUGGUUGGAGAAAGACAAAGACAGCACAAAUGCAGGAACCUACUUCCUCAGUUGCCAUUCCUUUGUGAAAAAGUGCAUUGCUGUAGAAUAACUCACAUUUAAAGUAUGCUGUACCUCCUGUACUCGGUUGGUGUUUAUUUAAAGCCUUAAGAGAAUCUCUGUAUCUGCUUCACUGCAACUUUUCAUAUGUUAACACAGCAACAUGAGCAGUGUAUUUUUCGAUAAGCAUGGUCACAUUUUGACUCCUAAAUAUAGCUGCAAACUCGUGAGAUACCAUAGAAACUUGAUAUUUUAGAGAAGCCACAACUGCUUGGCAACAUUGCCUGAGCAGCAGGGGCGAGGGGUGGGGGAUUAAUUUCAAAAGUUUUCAGCUGCCCUGUAAUAAAAAAACACAAAGGCCACAGAACAAAAAAAAAGAAAAAGAAAAAAAAAAGCACAGCUGCAGCUGUGCUAUAACAAUAUAGUAUAUUGAGCAUAAUUGCAACUGUAGAGCUGAUUAAAUUUACCAUAUAGUGGUCACAUAUAUUAUUUUCCCAUUUUGAUAACUUUUAUUUGUUCACCACCGAUGCUGUCAUAAAAACAAUAUAGGGUCAUUGAACCAAGUGAAUUGUUAGCAUGACGUGCAUGCAGCAACGUGUGUCACACAAAUUUAAAUUCUAGUUGCUUUUUUCUUGCAACUGUGAAGUGCUAACUCAUAAAUAUGAAUCAGUCUGUUCAUUUUACCUUUUAUUAUUACAGUUGAACCACGAUAAAAUUAACAUGGACAUAAUGAAUUAUAGGAUAUAACAAAGUAAAUCUAAAAUGUUUCUUGCAGAUAUCCGCGUGUAAUAAAUAUGCACUUAUAAUGACCUUUGGAUAUAACGAGGAUAUUUUCAUGUCCGAUGUGACUUUCUUAUAACCAGGCUAGAUUGUAUUGUUAUUGAAUGUGAGCCUCUCUUUAGAAAAAAAAAUGUUUCUAGGUGGCGCUUGGUAUGAAUGCAAGACCAUUGCAUUCACACCAAGUCAAAAGUAAAAUUGACAAAUGACAAAAGUAAAAUUGCAGUUGCUGCACAACUCCUGGUGGCAAAAACCGUCCAUCCUCCUGGAACUCAUGUUAAGGCAGCAUCAGGCUUGGUGUAAACAGGAAUAGUGAAUAGUCCGCGUCAGCCAAUUGUGAAAACAAGGUGUACACAGUGUAGUGGCCAUGCUGGGUAAUCAUGCAGUGGGCGUCACCCGACGUCUCUUGCCAGUAGUGCAGAUUGCAAUUUAUGAAGCGUUGGAAGGCGUGUGUUACAUUCACUAUGUAUAUUUGCACUCGUAAUGGUUGUUAUAUAGUUGUUCAAGCACUCAUUUGAAUAACAGGUUUGGGUGACUAGCUGCACACAGUGAGUGUCAAAUUGUACUUACUGUGGCACAGGAAUGUACUGUGUUAUGUGUAUGCUCUCACAAAGUAAUAUACAAAGUAAUAAAAGGUUCAAAGUCAGUUUCUGACUUGUUGAAAGCAAAAUCAUUGAGACAGCGACAUAGUAAAGUUUGAGGAUAGUGAAUCGGUGUUGUGCACAUAUGUCUGACGUGCUUAUAGCGAGAGCGCAAUGGCAGAAGUACUCGUGGUGUGUGCACUCAUAGAGGCUAUAGUGUGCACUUUUAUACAUGUUUGUACUGUUGUGGAGUAUCGCAUCUUGUUUAGCAAAUUAUAAGAAAGAUUGAAAAACAUUUGCCGUAAUUGUGUGUAGUUUUUGUGCUGUAGUGACUCGCACAUCAAGAAAUUGUGCCAUGGCAGGAAUUUCGCUUACUAAUGUGGUGAAAAAUACUACUUUUGCUAUUUCCUACCUUGAGAGCUACGUACUAGAUGGUAAAGGAUCCUUUUUGUCACCAUCUGUCCUUGUGAUGAAAAUGACCCCGAAAAAUACCUGAAUCACAACUACAAUUCAUGUCUGGAGCACAUGUUUGUCAGUGCCUCUUUUUGCAGUGCACAUAUGUGUCAAAUCCCAAUAAAUUAUCUUUGUACAGGGGAAGGCAUAGUUCUAGUUUCAAUAGUUCCCUACUUGUGGUGUCGCACAUGUGCACAUGAAAGCACAUAAGAAAACAAUUGCUAUCUCGUGACCAGCAUGACUGUGGACAUUCCUGUGUAUAUACUAAAAAAAAAUAACUAUGUAAAUGUUCUUGAAGUGCCAAGCACUUCAAGGCAGUGUAUAGAUUUUGAACAUUGCUUGAUGUGAGCGUGGAUUUAAAUUAACUGGGACAAUGUGAAGCUGAUGUACGGUAAUCACAAGUGAGGAAAGACAGCUUGGGAGAGUGCUGCUAUGAAAAGUACCACAGUGAAGCAGUACCGUGUUUUCCGGUGUAUAAGUCGCAGUUUUUCUGAAUUUUUCGUCGGUCCGUCUUAUAGAACGGUGCGACUUAUAUACGUUUUUCUUUUUUGGAAAAACUGCCAUCAAAAUCGGAUUGAUGCUAUGGCCACGCGAAGCGCACUGGGUUGACCUCCUGUAGCAGUUGCUACGUGUUGUGCGCGCACUAUGGAGGUACUGGGUUCUUCUCGUGAUCGAGUUGCCGAGCGCUAUGCAAGAAGGACGGAGCAGCAGCGCAAGCGGCGCAGGCCAACCGUGAGUUGACCGACCCUGAAGUCGUCGCAUCUGCAGAUCGCUUUCAAGAUACGACGCGCACCGCUGUACAAACUACGCAGUUGCUAGCAGAGUACAAGCCACUCCCCCUCCCUCCCACGCUGCCUUCCCGCUUUCCUCCCUUGUGCGUGAUUCGGCUCACCGUCACACGCUCUCACUCGCACAUACAGCAUACAGCACGCAGGCACACUGUUAUUGCCCUUGGACUUUAUGCGGAACAUCGCGGCAACCACGACGGCAGAAUUGUUUCUGGAGUGUCCAUAUCAUUGCUAUCGCAAUUACAUAGGAAUGGCACCCAUAUACUUGCGCGUGACCGGCGUUCAUGAAGUGAAACGUCACUAAUUUUUUAAAAAUUGCUUACUGAAUAAGCGAAGUAUAAGGUGUGUCUUAAACACCAGUGCGACUUAUAUACAUUUUAUUUCUGAAAAACUGCCGUUCUGAGGGCGUCUGACUUACACAAAGGUGCGACUUAUAGACUGGAAAAUACGGUAACGUAGGCUGUUUAGUUGCAAGCUGAACAUGCUGUACUUCUUGCACUUGCUAUAGCAGAAUGUAUGCCACAUAUUUGACUCU